CAUUUUGUCAACUUCUUCUCUCGUUGCUUGCAAUCCUCGUGUUAUCUUCUUUUCGUCAGUUGAUUUGUUGCUCGACCCUUCGUUAUGUCAAAAUUUGGCGACAGCGAAGCGGAGGAAGACUCCUUAGAUGAAAGUUUGUCAGAGAAAAGUGACGACGAUGAAGAUGAAGACGAAGAAGAAGGAGAAGAAGAGGAACAGGCAGAUGACGAGAACGACAUCAUAAACGAUGAAGUUGAAGAAAGCGCUGGAGAAGAAGAGCAGGGUCAUCACGGACACCAUCAUAGGAAACGAAGGAAAGCAGAUGAGGCAGAGGAGCUCGAUGAGGAAGAUUUGUCUUUGAUCGAGGAGAAUCUUGGCAUCAGUAUUAAGCGGAAAAAGCCUCGUUUGAAAAAAAUAAAAGUGCUCGAUUCUGAUGAAGAAGAGGAAGAUCAGUUGGCUGGAAAUGCUGCCGUGAAAGAGCGAGAAGCGAUUGCAAACCAGCUGUUUGAGGGUGGUGAUGAUGGUGGGGAGGUUGCAGCAGAACCAGCUGAGGCUCCAGGAGAUGACACAUAUGCCGACAUUGAUGAAUCUGAAUCAGAAGAAGAUGUGGAUGAUUUUAUUGUGGAUGAUGAAGGGAAUCCUAUUAACAGGCAUACUAAGAAAAAGAGAAGAAUUCCUGGAACAUUACAAGAUUCUGCUUUGAUGGAGGCACAAGAUAUUUUUGGUCUUGACUUUGACUUUGAUGAAUUUGAGAAAUACGGAAGGGAUGACUUCUCGUCUGAAGAAGAAGAAGAAGAUUAUGAAGAUGACACUGAGGAUGGUGCACCAAGAAGGCCAAAAAAGAAAUCAACGAAGAAGUCUAUUUACGAGGUGUUUGAACCUAGUGAGCUUGAAAAAGGAAUGUUGACCAACAAAGACAAUGAAAUCAGAACUGCAGAUGUGCCUGAAAGAUUUCAGGUACGUGAUUUUGCUGUGAAGUCGACAGAGGAUGGGGAGCUGGAUGAUGAAGCAGAUUGGAUUUAUAAACAUGCUUUCCUGGAUCUGCCUAUAUCUCAGCAACAGGAUCCUCUGGAUGGUGAUGCCCACUCUCAUGCUAAAACACCUAAACCAUACAGUGCUGUUGCUAAGAUUAGAGAGGCAUUAAACCUGAUGAGGAACCAUCUAUAUGAGGUUCCUUUUAUAGCAAGCUACAGAAAAGAAUACAUUGAGCCUGAACUGAAUAUCGAAGACCUGUGGAAGAUUUGGGAAUAUGAUGAAAAGUGGAGCCAGCUGCGUACUCGCAAGGAAAACCUCCAUCGUCUGUUUGAAGAAAUGCAGAAUUACCAAUUCAACAAAAUCCAGGAGAGUGGCGAUGAACCACUUGAUGACGAUACAAGGAUCUUACAACCCGAAGAUGUUGACAGACUUGAUGGAGUUGAAACUAUGGAACAGCUGAAGGAUGUGUACAGCCAUUUUAUGUUAUACUACAAAAAUGACAUCCCAGCCAUGUGGGAGGCUAAGAGGAAAAAGAAAGAAUCUGAAGAGGGUAAAGAUGGUGAAGGAGAAUCAAAAACCACACUGCCAAAGAAGAAAAUGCCUGCUAAACGCGAUCUCUAUACCAUAUGUAAACAAGCAGGUGUUAGUGGUUUGGCAAGGAAGUUUGGUUUGACACCAGAUCAGUUGGGAGAGAACUUGCGAGACAACUACCAGCGCCAUGAGACAGAACAGCAUCCUGUUGAACCAGAUGAUGCAGCUGAGAAUUACCUCAGUAGUACAUUUUCAACUGUUGAUCAAGUCUUAGAGGCUGCUCGGCAUAUGGUGGCAAUGCAAAUUGCACGGGAUCCUCUUGUUCGGCAAUGUGUAAGGCAGACAUUCUACGAAAGAGCCAAACUCAAGAUCAGGCCCACCAAGAAAGGAAAGAAGGAGAUCGACGAGUCUCAUCUCUGCAGCACAUUCAAAUACAUAAAAAACAAGCCGGUCAAGGAGCUGAAAGGAGAUCAGUUUCUACGAAUGUGUAAAGCUGAGGAGGAUGGACUUCUUAUAAUAAACAUUGAAAUCGACCUGGACAAAAACGCAGGAUACCAAACCUAUUUUGAUGAAGUGAAGCAGUUGUAUUACAGGGAUGAAUUUAGCCAUCUAGUGCAGGAGUGGAACACACAGAGAACAAAUGCGUUGUCACGAGCCUUUAAUCAGAUGCUAUAUCCACUCUUUGAAAAAGAACUAAAACUCAAGCUCCUUCAGGAAGCCAAGAAUUUUGUUAUCAAGUCAUGCUGCCGGCGGCUGAGGUCAUGGAUUGAAGUUGCUCCAUACCAACCCGAGCAGCAUAUAGACGAAAGGGAUUAUGAUGACAGCUCUAAUACUGAAGGUCUCCGGGUGCUGGCGUGUUCCUUCUCCAACAGUCCAGAUACACCGGCCUUCUUGGCCAUGCUGGACGGAGGCGGCCAGGUCAAUGAUUACCUCAGACUGAAGUACCUGCUGAACAGACGGAAUACAAACCGACCUAAGGAACGAGAAGACAAGGAAAAGGAUAUGCAAAGAUUAAAGCAGUUUAUCCUCAAGAAGCGCCCUCAGGUUGUAGUUGUUGCCGCAGAAUUUCGCGCGACUGUAUCGGUGAUAGAUGAUAUCAAAAUGUGCAUAGCAGAGCUGGAGCAGGAGAACCAAAUACCGACCAUCUCUGUUGAAGCUCUGGAUGGUGAAGUGGCCCGCGUGUUUAUGUCUUCGCCUCGAGCGGAGAAUGAGUUCCGUGAGUACCCAGCCCUCCUGCGUCACGCAGUGUCUCUGGGGCGCAGGAUUCAGGACCCGUUGACAGAGUUUGCUGCGUUGUGUGUGGAGGAAGAUGAACUGCUCUGUUUACGGCUGCAUCCGUACCAGGACCAAGUACCGAAAGAGCAGCUUGUAAAGAGUCUUCAUCAGGAAUUCGUGACGGUUGUAAAUGAAGUAGGGGUUGACCCCAAUCGCUUGUUGGAGCAUCCCCAUACAGUGUCGCUGCUACAGUUUGUGUGUGGACUGGGACCUAGGAAAGCGUCUUCCUUACUAAAGAGUCUACGUCAGCAGUGCACCCGACUCGAGAACCGCUCUCAGCUUGUGACCGUGUGUGGCCUGGCUCCUCAGGUGUUUCUCAACUGCGCAGGUUUUAUUAAGAUUGAUACUGCGGCCAUUAGCGACACAACCACGAACUAUAUUGAGGUUCUCGACGGUUCACGAGUUCAUCCGGAAACUUACGAGUGGGCCAAGAAAAUGGCCGUCGAUGCACUCGAGUACGACGAGGCAACGAUGGAGUCGAACCCGUCGUCGGCCUUGGAAGAGAUUCUGGAAGCCCCUGACAGAUUAAAAGACUUGGAUUUGGAUGCGUUCGCGGAAGAACUGGAGCGGCAAGGUUACGGAAACAAGCGCAUUACACUGUACGACAUAAGAGAUGAGCUAUUCGGACAGUACCGUGAGCGUCGCUCUCCUUACCGAUCUCUGACGGUGGAGGAAAGCUUCCGACUGAUGACGGGUGAGACCAGCGAGUCUUUGUACGUCGGCAAGAUGGUGGUGUGCACCGUAACUGGUUUUGCGAAUAGGAAACCUCCCCGUGAUAUGAUCGAUCAGGCCCAGCCUGUUAGAAAUGAUGAGACUGGUCAGUGGCAGUGCCCGUUCUGUUUACAAGAUGCGUUCCCUGAUCUCAGCGAGGUUUGGACCCACCUUGAUAAUGGCAGUUGUGCCGGGCAGGCCAUUGGUGUUCGCACCAGACUGGAAAAUGGCUUAUCUGGAUUCCUUCCUACCAAGAUGAUAAGUGAUAAGACCAUUAGCAGUCCUCACGACAGAGUCAAGGUUGGGAUGACCCUCCACUGUCGUGUGACUCGUGUCAACAUGGAGAGAUUUCAAUUGGACCUCACGUGUCGCUCGUCAGAUCUCGCAGAUAAAGAAGGAAAGUUCAGUCUUCCAAAAGAUUUGUAUUACGAUCAAGACACAGCAGAUAAAGAUAGGAAGGACGAGGAAGCGGCCAAAAAGAAAGCGAACAGGCCAAAAUACGUCAAACGUGUGAUUGUACAUCCAGCAUUUAAAAACAUCUCAUUCAAGGAAGCUGAGAGGCUGUUAGCCGAUAUGGAUCAGGGGGAGUGUAUUGUGAGACCCAGCAGUAAGGGUGCUGAUCACUUGACUGUCACGUGGAAGGUCGACGAAGGAGUUUAUCAGCAUGUUGAUGUGCGCGAGGAAGGAAAAGAAAAUGCGUUCAGUCUUGGUCGUUCAUUGUGGAUCGACAGCGAGGAAUUUGAAGAUCUGGACGAGAUCAUUGCACGGCAUGUUCAGCCGAUGGCUUCAUUUGCGAGAGAGAUUCUUAAUCACAAGAACUACAGAGCGGUGGACGGAGUAAAGGCAAAACUGGAAGAAAUUCUGCAAGUGGAGAAACGGAAGGCUCCACAAAGGAUCCCCUACCUUAUGAGUACAACCAAGGAGUUCCCUGGGAAGUUCUUCUUGGGGUAUCUUCCUCGUGUUAAGCCACGGAUAGAGUAUAUCAGUGUCACCCCCGACGGUUUCAGGUACCGAGGAAGAGUUCACGCCACGUUGAAUGGCUUGUUUAGAUGGUUCAAAGAGCACUUCAGGGACCCCAUACCUGGUACUCCCCGGCACAGAAUGCCAGUCACCAUGUCCGAAGGCAAUACUCCUUACACCCCAGGAGGUACUCCCUCCAUUAAUUCUGAUGUGGAUCCCGCUCGACUGUUACCUCAGCUUCAGCAGCACUUCCCCAGGGGAAUCAACGACCCUAAGGUUUACUCUGCGCUGGCGGCUGUCGCCAGGCAACAACAAGACUCUCAGAAAAAGACCCCCACACAGCUCACGCCUGCGCAGUGGGGUGCAGCCGCAGCCCAGCACAUACAGCGUCAGAAGAAACAACGGUCAUCGCAGCAUCAGUCAACGCCGACACAGCAAACCCCCACACAACAAACGCCAACUCAACAGGGAUACCAACAAUUUCCGCAAUAUGGCUACUAUCAACAGCAUCAAGAUCAAACUCAAGCCCAGACUCCCACCACUUACGGAUACCAGCAGACAUAUUCAGGGAGCAAGUCGGCUGGGAAGGAAAGUAGUAAGAGUCGAUAGCCUAACGUCGGCAGCCACCCAUUCCCCCUGUAUACUCGGAUUCAAGUCUUUAUUAAGUCAGUUCUCCUCUGUUAUUUAAAACAUGUUAUCUCUGUGCAAAGAAAACUUUAACUAAAUCUUUGUUUAGUUUUGCGAGCGUAAUUUGUGUUAGUAAGCGAUGGCAUGAAAUUUAUGUUUGGUGUUAUAAUUAUUCGUGAGUUUUUUUUUUCUUCUUGUUUUUGCUGAUGCUCGCUUAAUGUUAUGCUCAAAUUAACAAUGACAAAUUAUUGGCUAUAGAAACAUCAUUAAACGGCGACAUUGUUUCGAAACUAAAUGGAGAAGUAGCUGCGUUACUAAUUUCUUGCAUGAUAUGGAUGAAGCCGGACGAGUGAUUCUCGUCUCGUUCUGUUGGUAACUUGUAAUGUUGAAAUUUACUGUGAAAAAAAAAAAGCAACAGCAGGGGAAUACUACCGAC